CUUCGCGAUUGCGAAUAAGUACUUAACUCUUUCUCUCUCUCUCUCUCUCUCUCUCUAUCUUUCACGCAGUCGUGUACAUACAUCACGACUCAGCUAAACAGAGAUCAAAUCAAACCUACUACUUAUCCCCAUCAGGCUGCAUUAGCAGCAGCAGCUGCGAAGGAGAGCCAGUAUUUAGUCGAGCGAGGGUAAGAGAGACUCCGCUGCGAGCGAGUGUAUCAUAUAUACAUAUAUAACUUGUGUACCGAGGCAAACGGAAUAUAGAGACACAAUGGGAGUACCAAAGUUUUUUAGAUACAUUAGCGAAAGGUACCCAUGCCUCAGCGAGAAACUCAAAGAAUAUCAGAUUCCUGAGUUUGAUAACUUGUAUUUGGAUAUGAAUGGCAUUAUACAUAACUGCUCUCAUCCCAACGAUGCAGAUGCUACGUUUCGUAUCACAGAGGAAACUAUAUUUAAAAACAUAUUUCAUUAUAUAGAAAUAUUGUUCCGCAUUAUACAGCCCCAGAAGCUGUUUUUUAUGGCUGUGGAUGGUGUGGCACCACGUGCCAAAAUUAAUCAACAGAGGGGACGCCGUUUCAGAGCUGCAAAAGAGGCUGAAGUACUAGAGGCAAAAGCACGAGCUAAGGGUCAAGAAAUUCCUAAGGAAGCAAGAUUUGACUCUAAUUGCAUUACACCAGGAACAGUAUUUAUGUCAAAACUUAAUGAACAAUUAAAGUAUUUUAUUACAUAUAAAAUAUCCACUGAUAAGUUGUGGCAAAAGUGUAAAAUUAUUCUUAGUGGAUCUGAGGUACCUGGUGAGGGUGAACACAAAAUAAUGGAUUACAUUAGGUAUAUGAAAGCCCAGCCAGACUAUGAAGGAAAUACUCGCCAUUGUUUGUAUGGUUUAGAUGCAGAUCUCAUAAUGCUGGGUUUGUGUUCACAUGAACCUCAUUUUUCCUUACUUCGUGAAGAAGUCAAGUUUGGUAAAACUCAAAAGAAAAUUUUGACUCCUGAGGAGACAAAUUUUUGUCUUUUACAUCUGUCUCUGAUGAGAGAAUAUCUGGAGCAUGAGUUUUCUCCUGUUAAAGACAAAUUAACUUUCAAGUUUGAUAUUGAAAAAAUAAUCGACGACUGGGUUUUAAUGGGUUUUCUAGUAGGAAACGAUUUUAUCCCACAUUUACCAAAUUUACACAUUGAAAAUGGUGCACUGCCACUUUUAUAUAAUGCUUAUAUGGACGUAUUACCGACCUUAGAUGGAUACAUUAACGAAGCUGGUACUUUGAAUCUCGAACGCUUUGAGAAAUUUAUGGAAAAAUUGGGUAAAUAUGACUUGGAACAGUUUGAUGAAAUCUACGCCGACCUUAAAUUUUUUGAAGCAAAAACAGGUCGACGACUAAAUGAGAGUGAAAGAAAUAGUAAAAAUUCUCCAGAUGAAAAUGCAUCUCCAAAGAAAACUAAUAAAGCUUUGAAUGCUUUAAUAAUGGCAACGGAAAACGAGUUGGGAGCAGAUUCUGAUGAAGAUCUCGAAGGUGAGAGUGAUUCGGAUACUGAAAUGCAGCUUGAAUUUGUACAACAUAAGCGUGAUUAUUACAUGAAUAAAAUGGAAUAUGCAAAUGUUGAUGCGGAAACAAUGCGUUCACAAGCAGAAGGUUAUAUUAGAGCCAUACAAUGGAACCUGCACUAUUAUUACAAUGGAUGUUGUAGUUGGUCUUGGUACUAUCCACACCAUUACGCGCCCUUCAUCUCAGACAUAAAAAAUUUCAAAGACUUAAAACUAGAAUUUGACUUGGGAGAACCUUUCAAACCAUUUGAACAAUUGUUAGCAGUUCUUCCAGCAGCCAGUAAAAGCUUGUUACCUACAGCUUAUCAUGGACUUAUGACUGAAGAAAAAUCCCCAAUUAUUAAGUAUUAUCCCUUAGAUUUUAAAACAGACUUAAAUGGAAAGAAGCAAGAGUGGGAGGCAGUUGUUUUGAUUCCUUUAAUCGACGAAAAAAGUCUUUUAAAAGCUAUGAAGCCAUGUAAUGCAAAGUUAACACCUGAGGAAAGAAAACGGAAUUCUCAUGGACCAAUGUCAAUAUUUACUUUCAUUGAAAAAGAGCAAGGAAUUUACGAGGCUCCCGAAUACUUCCCCAGUAUACGAAGUUAUGCACAAAUGAUGCUAGUGAAUCGAGACGAUAUUUUAGUGCCGCUAGAGAGACUAGUAAAAGGUUUAUGCAAAGGAGUCCAACUAAGCGUUUACUAUCCUGGAUUCCCCACAUUACAACACAUUCCACACACAGCAUGUUUGGCAAAAGCCAAGGUAAAAGUGUUUGAACAGCCUUCAAGGCGCGAGAACAUGAUUCUCACUGUACUGCCAAAAGAACUGCCGCCAAUUGACGAUUUAGCUCGAAAGUGGCUUGGCAAAACAGUUUUUAUCGCUUGGCCGCAUUUGGUCGAAGCAUUAGUCGUAGAAGUAGCUAAUUCAAAGACCAAAAUCAGCAUCACGUAUCCUCAACCGAAACAUGCAACUGAUGGAAACCAUAAUUUCAACACAGAAUCAAUGAACGACAUGCUUCUAUCGACAUUCAACGUACAAAGAAAAUCGAUAACAGAAAACUACAAAACCCGGCUAGGUAUUGAUGUGGGCAAUAUUGAAAUACUAAUUCACGCUGCCCCGAUCAUGGGGAGGCAAUAUGUGUACAGUGCACAAGGCAAAAUGACACUCGAAAAACAAUGGAGUGACGUACCGCAAGCAUAUGCGUAUCAGGUCGUUCUUAAAGACAUUUCGAUACAUAACCACGAUUUUAUUCAAUUUACAUCGAUAACCGAUGUAUUCAAACCGAAAUCCGUCUGCUUCAUGCUGGGCCACCCGCAUUAUGGUGCGAUGGGUGAGGUCACAGAAGGUGGAGUAGAUUUAAAAUCAAGCAGAGUCAAAGUGGCAAUGAGAGUAACAUCAGAACCCAACUUUGAUAGAGUUAGACAGUUACAAGCAGAUACAAGAAUGAGAUACAUGCCUGGCAAUAUAGCUGCCCAGCGUCUAGGUAUAAGCAGUCAUCUUCUUAGUCGGAUAACAGGAACUGUUUUUGUGAUAAAUGGAGAAGGAGUUGAUCCCGCGCAUGCUAGCAAGUAUAACUUGGGAUUGAAUUUAAAGUUCAACAAAAAGAACGAGGAAGUACCUGGAUACACGAAAAAGGACAUCAAUGGAACGUGGCUAUACAGCGUUAAAGCUGUUGAUUUUGUAAAAAGUUAUAUACAAAAGUUUCCCGAACUAUUUGAGCGUUUGGAGAUGAAUCUCGUAUCGUCCGAUAUGUUCCUGAGGGAACAUCUUUUCCCAAAUACAGGAGCUGAAGGUGUUGACGCAACGGUUUCCUGGCUAAAAGAACAGCAAAAAGCCCGUGGCACAACGACUCGUACUUGCGGUACUGAAGAACUAGAGACCGAAGUUGUUCAGGCCAUCGAAAAAGACGUUGAUGCAAGUCUUGAGGCCCAGCGUCAGGCUGGCAAAAGCGUUCUUAUGCAGGUUAAGCCGCAUUUGCUCUACAAGCCAGGUCUGAAUUCGGGAAGCGUGCCACCCGAUCCCAAGGCACAACAUCGGUUCUUUGACCGCAUUGUCUGUGUCAGGGAUAGUUUUACGGUACCGCUAGGAUAUAAGGGUACUAUAAUCGGAGUGCAGAAAAAUGAAAAUCCGUUACUCACCAUGUACGAAGUUCUCUUUGACAUAGCUUUUGCGGGUGGUCUUGUAAUGCAUGGUUGUUCUUCAAACCGAAGCUACAGACUGGCAGCUACGGACUUCAUCAACAUAAGCUACGGACUACAAAUCGAGAACAAAAACUCAAAGGUCAACAUAGCCACGUCGAAUUGGCGUCAACAGCAGUCGCAGCAAAAUGCUUCUUCUCGUGGUCCAGAUUCUUGGCGUCAGAGCCAACCUCAGCAGCAUCAGUCACCUCACCCGCCUGACCCUACCAUCCUCAACAGUUUCUACCCGGCAUUUACAAAAAAUGGUCAGAGCAAUAACAAACGACAGCAAGGUUCUCAGCAGCAGAAACAACAGGGUCAAGGAAGGCAUCAAAGUGGUAACAAGGCCGGUUUCAACGACUCGCCGAGUCACGGUAGAAAGCAGAAUUUGGAUCAGCAAUCGCAGUUCCCGCAGCCACCGAUUUUGCUACAGCGUUCCCAAGAACCAGGAAAGAAGACGCUACCACCAAUACAGAAUAUUCAGCCACAACAGCAUCAGCAUCCUAAAGGCCAAGGACCUUCCGAGUUUCAGGCUUUAUGGAAUGAAUUGCAUAAGAUACAGAAACCUAUGGAUUCACCGAAAAGACAAGCACCGGCCCCAGCUCCAGAGAAAGAGAAGCCAAGCCCAGCGAUGAAUGCCGUUACAGAAUCGCAAUCAUGGAAAAAUCAAGCUUGGCCUCAAGACCCGAGUGCUUUUUUGAAAGCAAUGUUGAAAAUUUCCGACGAAAACACGCAAUGCCAGAUACCGUCCUCCUCAACUGCGGCGCCGCCGGCAAACAAACCUUUAGCAUUUCCGCAAAUGCCAAAAACGACCGAGACUCCGGCUUUGGUGCAGCAAUUGUUCGAUCACGCGCGACAGACGGAGAUGAAAAGCGGCAAGAGUAUCUGGUACUGCGCGCAACUGCUGUCGUACUUCCAGUUGCUUGGUACCGGCUUUCCUCGAUAUGCAUACCACAAGAACAAAGAUAAUCUGGUAUGUGCCCAAGUGACGCUGCCAGACAUGAGGGUUUUCUGCGGUGAAUUCUGUCGCACGGAAUCUGAAGCUGCUGAGAACACUGCCAAGAAGGUUUAUGAGGAACUAAAACUUAGCAAAAUGCCACCUGCAGUCAGCAACGCUCGGCCGAAUCCCUUGCGUCCUCCACCGCAGCAAUGGUUUGACAACCGCAUGAACAAUGUGCGACCACCAAUGCCUCCACAGCCAAAUGUUAAACCGAUGCUACCAGCAGCUUUCCCUCAGGUACCGAUGAUGCAGCUUCCGAUGCCUAAGUGGAACCCGAUGGUUCAGCAGAAUCCUGGCUUCGCGAACAUGAUGCAUCCUGGUCAACCUCAUCCUAUUCAGCAACAACAGCUUCAACAACCACCACAACACAAUAGGCCGCAGCAACAGCAACAUCAUCAGCAGGGCAGAUUUCCACAACCACAGCUUGUUGAUAAUGCCCAUAGCCGGUCAAACAGACAGGAUCAGCAAAAGAAAGUGACUCCAUUCGUGCCGUUGCAAGCACAGAAGAAGACGAGAAAUGUGGUCAAUAAACAGCCGAGCAAUGAAGAUAAUAAACAGCAAAAACAGCAACAGCAGCAGCACGAUAAGAAAGAAAAGAAGGAAGUCUACGAAAAUAAGGUGGAUCAGAAGCCUAAAGAAAAUAGUGCGGAGGAUGUUAAGCAGGAAAAUGUUUGCAGUAAUAAUAAAACUUCGGAAAAUACUGUACAAAACAAUCAAGGGCAAAAUGCACAAAAGGGACAGAGAUCCGUAAAACAGAGACGAUCGAGAGUCGCCGCCAAAUUUCAGUCAGAUCCAAUGGCUAAUGGCGGCGACCGACAGUGAGCAAUCAAUCAUUUAAAAUGGAUUAACGGCUCGUGCAUAGCCUACAUGAAAGAAAGAUGUAUUUCCAACAAAAGUGAUACAUUAAAGACAUCUUCUUUUUAACCCCUCCGAGGAGAAAGAUAAAUUUGUUAAUAUCGCUUUAGUUCGAUAGUGCAUAAAUAAUAUUUAGGUAGUUUUUCUUUUUUUUUAAUGUACGACGCAACUGUCAACUGAGAUUAAUAAUUUUAGUAGAGCGUACGUGUUUUCAAUGAAUGUAAUAAGAUUUGAAAAAAAGCGAGAAAAAAUGAAUUUUAUUUUUGUAAAGAAUAAUCUAUUCAAAAUAUUGUAAAUCAUUGAGUGCUUUUUAUACAGAGAAUGUGAAAGUGAUCGUUUGUACAGCAGAUAUUCAAUUUAUAACGUUUAAUUAAUUUUAAUAUGAUCUGUAAAAAUUUUUUUUGUUAAAUAAUUCGAUCACAUACGAUUUACAAGCAUACUUUUAUGAUGGAAACUUACCAAAUUUUUAUGGCAGAAUGUUUAUACAAUGCACUCGGAUAUCAAUGUUUUCAAUUUAUAUAAGUAUUGUAUACAAGGUAAUUUUUAGAUAGUUUCGAUCUGAAAUGGUUGUUGCCUCUUUGGCAUGAAUUAUUGCCAGUUUUGAAGCUAUGUUUAGGAAUGACGACAAAAAAUGAAUACAAUAAAUUGCUUCUGUAAAUUUGCAAGAUAAAUUUCUUAAAUACGAAUAAAUAAUUAAAAA